AACGGUAAGGCAUUUGCUACACGAAGAUUAUGUUACUGUUUGUCUAGCUUUACUAGUGCCAUACCAAUGGCUAAGUAAAAUAUGGGAGGUUUUUCUGCUGCAGACUGAAUGAGGAGGUACAAGCUAAUGUGACAUCCAUCAUCAUCAGCAUAGAAAUACUACGUUGCCGAAUAAUGAUUUUGGUAGACUAAAAAGAAAGAAAGCAAGUCAUUAGUCUGUUAAAAAUAGUACCCAAAUUGCCCUUAAAUCACACCCACCAUCAUCUUAAACCAGGAAGAAUACAUAAGAUCAUGUAUCCUUAAAAAAAACCAAGAAUAUGCCAUUGGAUGGUCACAGUUGGAGUGUCUGGUUAUGAGCUGGCUUGAUUAGAGACCACCUGGAUUUAUUAAUAACGACUGACAAAAAGAAACGAUCAAAAACACCAUUUAUUAAUAUAAUGUCAACUCCUGGACUUCUAUGCCCACCCCCUUUGGUUAUAAGACUUCUUUGAUAAACAAUUCCAGCUUUGGUACCAUUCUGUUCAGUUAUCCAAGAACUCUAACGAAGAACAGAAUAUGUUCAAAGUGAGUGAAACCAUAUUAUUUUAAUGACAGUCCUGAGCUUCCAAAAUCAUUUGCAAUCAAACCAGAAAAAAACAAAGAUAACAAAAAGCUAAGGAUUAUUUAAAUUUGCAGACAAAUAAAAACUUUUACGCAAAAAAGGAUUAAUAAAACUACAAUCUGAUAUCAACUUAUAAUCUACACCAAAAGAAAAUCUCCAGACAUAUUUGGUUAUUUACAGUGCCAUUGGGACAUUUACUUACACGAGUCUUCAAAAUUCCAUCUGAUAUCACACUGUGGAUUAUUCCAUUAUAUACUCAAAGUGAAACGGUGGGGUGCUUGAAACAUCUUCUCCCCUACUCUACCUCUUUCUCACCUUUCAUUAUCAACAAAGGCUUAACAAAAUAAAUAUAUAAAUAUAAACAACAAAUAAUAUAAGGAGUAUACCAAAGAAACUUUUUGAGGAAGUUCCACCAGAACUACCACCGCCGCUCUCACCGCCGUCAUCAACCAAAGAGGCUUCCCUGUUGAUCAUCAUUCUGACCGAUAUAGGGCAGAGGACAAUGACAGGAAUUACCAUGUUGCACCGAGACAGAUACAAAUUGGAUUAACCGGAUUAACGUUGGUCUUUAUAAAUAGCAUCAUUGGUCGUCCGCGAGAGAUAGAGAGAUGGAUAGAAGCAAUCAGCUACCAGAGGGCAUACUGUGUCUAUGAUCCGGAGAAAAAAAACCAAGAUUAACAAUUUCGGAUUUUACCAUUGUUUUAUAUGAAGAAUCUACUGACUGAUUUAUGUUUAAGAUGGCACCGCCAAGGAACUUACGAUAUUGGGUGUGCCUGUUCAUUCUGGCCAUCCAGUAUUUCUUCAUGUCUUUAAUCUUCAAUCAAAGAGGAAUAAUGAAUAUUCUUCCAACACGAACCAAUCCUCUUGGACACAGCUUCCCACAGAGUAUAUAUCGCAGGUUACUUCAAGAACAGUCCGAAAGAAAAAAUCAUUCUGGUAACUUACUUCAAAGAAACCCAAACUGUAUAAUAAUUGGUGUUAGGAAAUGUGGUACUCGUGCUUUGCUGGAAUUCCUGUCAAUCCAUCCAAAUAUACAAAUCUCAAAGUCCGAAAUGCACUUUUUCAACAAAGAACACAAUUACAAAAAAGGUUUAGAAUGGUAUCGAAAAGAAAUGCCAUACACUUACGAAGAUGAAAUCACAAUAGAAAAAACACCUGCUUAUUUUAUAACUAAAAAGGUUCCAGAAAGAAUCUAUAAAAUGAACCAAACCAUUAAACUUUUGAUUAUCUUCCGUGACCCGACGAUCCGUGUCGUAUCGGAUUAUACGCAGGUGUGCCACAAUCGAAUGGCAGAGAAUAAGACUUGCUUCCAGUUUAAAGACCUUGUAAUGAACCCUAUGAUUAGUAAAGUUGACACGGACUACCGAGCAGUGGACACGAGUAUAUAUUGCAAACAUCUAUUGAGAUGGCUGCGAUUAUUCCCGAUAGAACAGAUGCAUUUUGUUGAUGGGGACAUUCUUCUGCACAAUCCACUUCACGAACUUCGUAAAGUUGAAACAUUCUUGAAUUUAGAACACAAAUUCACUGCAGAUAAUUUCUAUUUUAAUUCAACACGUGGCUUCUAUUGUAUGAGGAAUACAACAACUGAGAGGUGUUUGUCUAGCGGUAAAGGACGCAGGCAUGCCAAAGUAGACCCACAUAUUUUAGAUAAUCUUCGAACAUUCUUUCAACCGUAUAACAAACGUUUGUUCAAAAUGAUUAAUCGUAAGUUUGCAUGGCCAUGUUGUCUUAAUAAAACUGACGUAACAAACACCUACAAAAGUGAUGAUUAGAAAGAAUGGUUGAAGAAUAUUAUAAAUAUACCCACCCCCAAGACAAGAUACAUAUAAAAUAUAUAUAUAUAUACACAUAUAUAUAUAAAUAUAUAUUACACUAAAAUCAAAACCAUAAAAAAAAAACAAUGGGAUUUCAUGUUGAAAGGUUUAUAUAAAAUAAUAAAAAAAUCUAUCAUCUUGCAUAGAUUAUUCAAAUAUUUUCUGAAGGUCAAAUGUUAUCAAGAUUUAUUUCUAUGAAAUAUAUCAGAUAUUAUGUUAUGAAUGGUCUUUGUUAAAAAAAAACACAUAUGUUUGUAUGUGCGUGUGUGUGUAUGUAUAUAUAUUCACAUAUAUACACUUAUACAUGUAUAAAUACAUAUAUGUAUAUAUACCUACAUAUAAACACAUGUAUAUACCUACAUAUAUAUAAAUACAAACAUAUAUGUAUAUAUACAGAUUUUCUGUAGCCAAAAUUUAUGACAAAAGUCUCAUAUUUUUUUCUCCAGAUACAAUGUACCCCCCUCCACUAUUCCCUACUCUACCCUCAGAUCCAACCCUUCCAUACAGAAUAAAAUAAAAUAAAAUGAAAUUUUACAAUCGUUUAAA